CGUAGCAGUUCGAAUUAAAAAGUGAAAUCGUGAAAGUAUCGGAUUAUAAAAAUGUUCGAAGAUAUUCCAUUGAUUUAUAUGAAUGUGAAAAUUCUUAAAUUUUGGUCUCUCCUCUACGACCAUAAUUGGCGUCGUUAUGUCACCCUUAUACCGCCGACAUUUUUGGUAUUCACCCAAUUUUAUUAUAUGUUCAUGACCGAGGAGGGUAUUGAUGCCAUCAUCAGGAAUUCCUAUAUGUUGGUGUUGUGGUUUAAUACCAUUUUAAGAGCAUAUAUUCUCAUUAAAGACCGUGUGGAAUAUCAAAGUUUGUUACAAGAUUUGGAAGCGUAUUUUUAUGACCUUGAUAAAUCCAACGAUGUGUAUGUUCGAAACCUUCUGAGCCACGUCAACUCCAAUGGCAAGGUUAUGGCUCGUGGCAAUUUAUUUUUGGGUCUUCUAACUUGCAUUGGUUUCGGCCUCUAUCCGUUGUUAGCCGCCGAAAGAGUUUUACCAUUUGGCAGCAUUAUACCUGGCAUCGAUGAAUACCAAUCGCCAUUCUAUGAAUGCUGGUACGUCUUUCAAAUGCUGAUCACACCGGUUGGAUGCUGCAUGUACAUACCCUAUACAAGUUUGAUUGUUUCAUUCAUCAUGUUCGGCAUUGUUAUGUGCAAAUAUUUGCAACGUCGUUUGGCAACGUUGAGCCGAUUUAAAGGUCAGCCCGAAUGGAUAUAUGAUGAAGUUAUUGAGUGUAUUAAAUAUCAGAAGAAAAUCAUUGAAUAUUGUGAAACUGUGAACCGUUUAACAACUUUCAUGUUUCUUUUGGAAUUCGUGGCUUUCGGAACACUGCUCUGUGCUUUACUGUUUCUCUUGAUAUUUGUUGACUCCGCUGCCCAGGCAAUCAUUGUGUGUGCCUACAUAACUAUGAUAUUUUGUCAAAUUUUGGCCCUGUAUUGGUAUGCCAAUGAACUAAAGGAGCAGAAUCUCUCAAUUGCGGCCGCUGCAUAUGAAACUGAGUGGUUUACGUAUGAAAUACCUGUUCAAAAGUUAAUUCUCUUGAUGAUAAUGAGAGCACAGAAACCAUGCACGAUCAAAGUUGGUAACAUUUAUCCGAUGACAUUGGAAUUAUUUCAGGCUCUGCUUAAUGCCUCAUAUUCUUAUUUUACUCUUUUAAAGCGUGUUUAUGGCUAAUCGAUUUGCGGAAAAUGAGCUUACUGCAACAUGUUUAAAUAAUUCACUACUAAUGCACUAUACACAAUAGGUAUAAAGAAUACAACUUCGAUUAUUUGGCUUUUUGUUUAUUGCAGUCACUUGAUUGGAUUAUAAUAUCGCAUAUUAUCAUCCCAGAAUGAUUUAAUUUUCGAUUUUGCUGGCCACAACAUUACAGAUAUCCAAAAUAUUUAUGAAAUUCGAUAUUAAUAAUAAUGUUGAAACUAGAUAACGACGAGGGAGGAUUAGCGUUGGCAGAACAGAUUGAAUGCUCCAUAUUCGGAAGAGAGGAGUAUCGCAGUUCCCUUGAUGUCCCAUGGCAGAUGUAUAUCAUCUUCACAACAGAUCUUACGUUAGCAAAAAUAUUUGGAUGUGUGAAAUUUGAAGAGAGUUGGAUGUUUAUUUCGUUUUCUUUGAGCGUUUUGUUUUUUUUUAAAUCUUGAUCCCUAUGUGGGGGAGGUACCAGAAGAAAUGGUGCGAUCUCUACCGUCUAUAUAACAGAUCUUGUGUUGAUGGAAAUAUUGAGAUGUACCAAGUUUGAAUGGAAUCGGAUCUUAAUUUCGAGUUUUAUGAGAUAUAUGGAUAUUCAAAAUUUUGACAAUUUGUGGGGAAGGUACCAGAAUGAGUGUAUCUAUAUAUCCCAUCUUCACACCAAACCUUGGGUUAAUAAAAAUAUUGUGAUGUGUGCAUUUUGAAGAGAACCGGGAUCUUAUUUUGGAUUUUAUGAACUCUUUAGUUAUUCAAAAGUUUGACCCUUUAAGGGGGAGGUACCAGAAGAAAUGGUCCGAUC